AGCAUUUCAUGUUGUCGUUCCAGGUGACAAUGGUGGAGCACAUCAUGCUGCCAUUAAAGGAAGAGCAUUUAGCUCCCAUAUUGGAUCGUAGGGAUCAGGUCGUCGACGCAGUCCAAUCCAUAUUGCCUCAUGCCAAGAUUGAGAAGGGAACUCGCACAUUCAACGAGAAGCUCAAGCAAUUGCAACAACUGAUGAACGAAUGCAGUAUCAUUAAAGCAGAGCUUGAUCAGAUUCCCCCACUGGAGCAAGCAUAUACUGGUAUCGGGGAUGUCUUGAGGAAAGAGAAUCUAUUAGUUGAAUAUCCUACGCCAUCAAAUGUAGAAAUCUCUGCCAAAUCGACAUCUGCGAAAUCAGAUGAUGUUGCGCCUGUGUCUGAAAUAUCAGAACAAGCUAUCACUGCCGCUGCUCCUGAGGUUACCGAAGCGGAUCGCACCAGAAUUCUCAAGCCUAUCAGCGCUCAGGAGUUUGCAGAUAUCCCUAAAUACAUGAAAGGACGGAUGACUUGCGCAGAGCUCAACGAAAUCGUCUCAAAGUUGGACGAAUUCUUGUCGCAGAAGCGUCGUCUACUGAAUGCUCCUUUCAAAAAGUUGCCUAUGAAGGACAAAGAUCAAGUGUCGAAGUGGAAGGAGCAAGAGACUGCUUCUCUUACUGGAAAACUGUUUUGCCAAGAAGCCGAUGUCAAGCCAAUGAUGAAUGACCGCAGCCGAGCCCUUUUCCGCACAGCAGCUCCUUGUCUACGACAUGUGCAUCGCAUUCGAGAAGUUCGCGAGAAAGGACGUGUGUAUCUAUUACCUUACUGAAUUGGUUAUCAUUGUCCAUGUGUAUCUACUAGAUCUGAUAAUUCAGCCUUUGUGAUUUCUUGCUUGAAUCGUUUACGCUACUUGAUUUCUCACUGCCAAAAUCACUUGUAUUCAAGCAAGUAUUUGAUGUGUACAGCCAAAUAAAUAAUAU